AUGACCACUAAUUUUCACAUAACCGUAAAACCCAUUUUAUUUGUAUCCAAGUGUAUGGGCUUAAUUGAUAUUUCAUAUACUGUUGAACCGUCUGGGUUUUUGGUUCGGAAUAAAAACUCAAAUGUUCUUAAGUUACUAGAAAUAGCACGUAUUAUUGUGUUGUUGAUAUGCACUCGCAUAUAUUUUAAUCAAUAUGAGCCAGAAAUUCAUAUAUUGCAAAUUAUAAAUAUUGUUCAAUUUUGGAAUACCAUUAUCGCAGCCAGACUAUCGACAAUAUUGAUAAUCAAAUUUAUUAAUGGAAUUGUCGAGUUUGAUCAAACAAUUACACCACUUUCAACAAAUAUGUUGAUCCCUCAACGUACAUGGACAAAAAAACAUUGGAAUACAAUUCUUAUUUCGUUGUUCACAUACUUUAUUGGUUUUAAAUUUUUACAAAUAUAUUUUAAUUCGUUUAAAAUAGGAAACAUUGCGUUGAGGAUACAACAUUUAAUAUUCACUGUACCAUUUAUUAUGGAUUAUGUAAUUACGAUAUCUUCGUGUUUCUUUCUUCAAAAUAUGUAUGCCAGAUUCCAGACGUUAAACGAUAUAUGGAAAUGUCUACCUGCCGACUUAGUCCCCAUCUCCGACCAAUGGACACACAUCGAAAUUGUGGUUUUUAUGGAAAACACACGACUGCUACACGCUGAACUCUGUGAUUUGUUAAAAAUGUUUACUCUAGGUUACGGUAGAAUGCUUUUGGGUUUAUUCAUAUUCAGCUUUAUCAAUAUGCUUUUCAGUAUUUAUAUAAUUAUCAACAAUAGAGCAUUAUCCGGUUCUUAUUCAACCAACAAUUAUUCACGAAUAUUACCAUUGAUGUUCAAUGUACAAAUCAUCACGUUUCUGAUGUCUAUUAUCAUUUUCGCUUCAUUUAUAAACGAGAAGAGAUUGAAAAUUAUAUCAUAUCUAAGAUUAUAUAGAAUUUCAAAUUUACACUUUGACAUAAAACGACAGAUCAAAAUGUUUAUAAAUCAAAUAUCAGUUUGUGAUUCGGACCGAAUUUCGGCAUUUGGGUUUUUUGAAAUCAAUUUAAAUCUCGUUACAUCUAUACUGGUAUUAUUGAUUAGUGGAAUAAUCACAUUAAUACAGAUGAAAGAUCACCCAAUGAUAUUGAAAUUAAAUAAUGAUACUUAUUCUUUUUUUGCAAAUUUUACGUCUAAGAAAAUUUAA